AUGUCAAAUAAUCAACAAUAUGAUACCAAAUGCUUAGAUCAUCCCCACCAAGAUAUUGUUUUAAUAUGCUCAACUUGUCCAAACAACACUCCUGUAUGUACUAGUUGUAUUAUUGGUAUUCACAAUGGUCAUACAUAUAAAAACUUUGAAGAUAAGAAUAUUAGAGAUCAAAUACAACAAGAAUUUACAAAUCAAACAAUACCAAAUCUAAACAACUUUUUAGAAUAUAAUAAAUUAAUAUUGGAUGAAUCAAACAAUCAUUUUAAACAAAUUCAACAUAACCAUACAAAUAAUUUUGAUAAAGUUUUUAAAAUAUUUAAGGAGUUAAAAGAUAUUAUCAAUACAAAAGAAAAUGAUAUCAAAAGAUUAUUAAUAACUAAAUUAGAUGAAAAUAAAGAUAAAAAUAAUAUAAUAACAACAACAAUAGAAGACAAUAUUAAUAAAAUUAAUAAAGCUAUUAAAUAUAAUAAUGUUAAUAAUAAUAAUGAUAGUAAUAUUAAUAAUAAUGAUUUUAUUGAACUUUUAAAACACAAUUAUCAAUGUAUAAAUCUUAUAUUAAAUAUCAAUAAAAAUUACUUACCAGAAUAUAAUGAUACUCACAUAAUAAUUAAAGAAAAUAAUAAUAUUGACUCAAUCAGAUAUCUAACAAACAGUUAUUUAGAAAUGGUUGAUGAUAUUCCCUUGGUGAAAAAAGAUUUAAAAACUCUAGAAUAUGGUUUUUAUCAACCACUAAAUUUUAUACCACCCACCGUACAAUACCUGUAUUUAGGAAACAUCAAAUAUCAAUUAACACCCGAUUCAAUUCCAGCAACAGUUACACAUUUAUUUUUACAAAAUGGCUUUAAUCAACCACUUAAUUUUAUACCACCCACCGUAAAAUAUUUGUAUUUACAUAACAUCAAGUAUCAAUUAAAACCUGGCUCAAUUCCUGCAACAGUUACAGAUUUAAUUUUACAUGAUGGUUUUAAUCAACCACUUAAUUUUAUACCGCCCACCCUAAAAUUAUUGCUUUUAAAAAACAUUAAAUAUCAAUUAAUACCUGGUUCAAUUCCUAAUCAUUUAACUUCUCUUACAUUUGACAAUGGUUUCUCUCAACGUUUUACAAAAGGUAUUAUCCCUGACUCUAUACCUUAUAUUUAUAUAGGUGAUGUGGUCUAUCCUUUAGAACCUGACUCCAUUUUAAACCCCGAUCAAAGAAUUGAAAUGCAAAAAUGGUUAGAAGAAAAAAAUACAUGUUUAUAUGGUUUGGUCGCAGUGUAUGUUUUAGAGCAAUCUCAAAUCGAUUAUAUUUCAGGUCUUCUUUUAGCUUUUGCGGGUGGUUAUUUCUUAUUAGUAGGUUUUUUCGAAAUUAUGGUCGAGGAGUUUUCAAGUCAUUCCCACACCAACGAAGGACCAAAGUCGGGGGUAAUAAUGAAAAUUAAAAAGUUAUCAUUACUAUUAGCUGGUUUUACAUUUAUGGCAGUUCUUGCAAAAUUUGUUUAA